AAGAAGAAGACAACUUUACAGCACACUUCUCAACGGAUCAUAUGGCUCAAGCCCUUUGUAUUUUCUUUGUUUCUGCUUUAGCCUUAACGGGUGGUUUUCAACUUGUUCAGUAGUUCAACACUGAGAAUCUUCAUUCAGAUAAAUAAAAGCGCUGUGACCACUUUUGUAUGCAAAGGAGAUAGUUUGUCCAUGGGUUACUGUAGCUGGUUGUUGCUGUUAUGUCUUGUGUGGAGUUCUUUGAUUCUGGGUACCCUUCAAUUACAAUCUUCACAAACACAAGUUCUUCUUCAACUAAGGAAGCAUUUAGAGUACCCGUAUCAACUAGAGAUUUGGAAUGAUCAUACAAUAGAUUUUUGCUAUUUAUCUUCAACUACACAAGUGAAUGUGACAUGUCAGGACAAUUUUGUAACUGAGUUGAGAAUUUUAGGAGAUAAGCCAACCCAGGUUAAUAGCUUUGUUGGUUUUGCAAUUCCUACCAUAACUUUAUCAGAAAAUUUCUCUAUCGACUCCUUUGUUGUUACUCUUGCAAGGCUAAACAGCUUGAAAGUUCUCAGUCUUGUUUCUCUAGGAAUAUGGGGUCCACUUCCAGACAAAAUUCAUAGGCUGUCUUCGCUUGAGUACUUGGAAUUGAGUUCAAAUUAUCUCUUUGGUUCUGUUCCUCCCAAGAUUUCAACAAUGGUGAAGCUUCAAACUCUUAUCCUUGAUGACAAUUUCUUUAAUCAUACAGUUCCCAAUUGGUUUGAUUCCUUGUCUAAUCUUACAAUUCUAAGAUUGAGGAACAACAAGUUGAAAGGUCCAUUUCCAUCUUCAAUUCAGAAACUUGCUACUCUUACUGAUGUUAUUUUGUCUGGUAAUGAGAUAUCUGGGAAGUUACCAAAUCUUGAGGCCUUACAUAACCUGCAUUUACUGGAUUUGAGUGAGAACAACUUAGAUUCUAAUCUACCUUCAAUGCCCAAAGGAUUGGCGAUGGCAUUCCUUAGCAACAAUUCCUUUUCAGGUGAGAUUCCACAACAAUAUAGCCAGCUAAGUGAGCUUCAACACCUUGAUGUUUCAUUCAAUGUACUAAGUGGAAAACCUCCUGCUACACUUUUCUCAUUGCCAAACAUCAGUUACUUGAAUUUGGCAUCAAAUAUGUUAAGUGGUUCUCUUCCAAACCAUCUAAGCUGCGGCAGCAAACUUCAGUUUGUUGAUAUAUCUAAUAAUAGUUUUACCGGGGGACUGCCUUAUUGUUUGAGUAUUGAAUCAGGGGAUAGAGCAGUGAAGUUUGAUGGAAAUUGCUUAUCCAUUGAACUACAUCAUCAGCGUGCAGAAUCAUCUUGUGUUAACGUCCCAAUGGCUGUAAAAAGGAAACAAUCUGGAGGCAAAAAUGUAGCACUAUUAGUGGGUGUGAUUACUGUUAUACUUAUCGUUGUAGUGCUUCUGGCUAUUGGCUUUCUCAUUGUGUGUAGAAGAUACUGCCCACGAGGAGUCUCUGAGCAGCAUUUGUUGCACAAAGCAGUGCAAGAAAACUCAGCAACCGGGUUCUCGUCUGAGAUUCUCACCAAUGCAAGAUGGAUUUCUCAAGCAGCAAAAUUAGGGACACAAGGUCUCCCAGUGUGUCGCCCAUUUACUUUGGAAGAGUUAAAGGAAGCUACAAGAAACUUCGACAAUGCUAUCAUUUUGGGUGAAGGUUUUUACGGAAAGCUUUACAGAGGCAGACUACAAGAUGGGACUCAAGUUGCUAUAAGGUGUUUACCUUCAGCAAAAAAAUAUUCAAUUAGAAAUCUUAAACUCAGAUUGGAUUUGCUUGCAAAGCUCCGUCACCCGCAUUUGGUUUGCCUGUUGGGGCACUGCAUUGAUGGUGGUGGACAAGAUGAUUACAGGGUGAACAAAGUCUUUCUUAUAUAUGAAUACAUUUCAAAUGGGAACCUUCGUGCUCACCUCUGUGAGGACAGUCCAGGCAAGGUUCUAAAUUGGUCAGAGAGAUUGACGGUACUAAUUGGUGUUGCAAAGGCAGUGCACUUUCUGCAUACAGGAGUUAUUCCGGGUUUCUUCAACAAUCAAUUGAAGACAAAUAAUAUCCUUCUCAGUGAGCAUGGGGUUGCAAAGUUGAGUGACUAUGGUCUGUCCAUUGUCUCUGAUGAGUUAGGGAGCUCCAGGGAAUGUGGAGAAGGCCAUAGAGCAAGGCAAAUGGUAAGAUUAGAUGAUGAUGUGUAUAGUUUUGGCUACAUACUGCUUGAAUCACUUGUUGGCCGCUCAGUAUCUGCCAGAAGAGACAAGCUUCUAAUAGAUGAAUUGGCCUCUUGUAACAGCCAGGACAGCCAUAGAAGAUUAAUAAACCCAAUAGUGCUUGCAACUUGCACGCAAGAAUCUUUAUCAAUUGUUAUCUCCAUAACAAAUAAAUGUAUUUCUACUGAAUCAUGGAGCCGGCCAUCGUUGGAGGACAUCCUCUGGAACUUGCAGUAUGCAGCUCAAGUCCAAGCAACAGCAGAUGGUACAAAGGUUUGAUAAUUCAUGAUAUUUGAAAAGUUAAUGUGUAGACUAAAUCAAAUUCUUGCCAUUCAGUCCUCAGGAUCCUCAAAAGAGAUUUCUGUCUUUUUCAUUGAGGUUGUUGUGUAGGUGGCAAAUGUCUUUAGCCAUGCACCUCAUUUUGCGCAGUUAGUGUUUUUGUAUCUAUUGUUAUUUUUUUUCUGUUGGUUCUAGAUUUUUAGCACUCUGUAUUUAUUUGAAUUUGAUAGUAUAACUAACCAAAGAUCAAUCAGUGAGGAACAA